GCUACUGAAGGAAUGUGUGCUCUCUGUAAAAUUAUUACUGGGGCUGACAGGGGGUGGAGGUUUCCUUUGGGGGUGUCGAAGCGGGUCCCAUGAAUUGAGGAUGGCGCUGUGUACAGUGUGAGCGAGUUAGCAGCCAAAGUUACAUGGCGCAGGCAGGAAAGUUUGCAGGAGAGGCGGACAGUGAUUCCAAGUUUUUCUUCUGUCAUACCCACGGAUGCCGAGUGCAAUAAUGUGGACUACAGUCUUCAGAUAACAAGGACUACUGGGAUGUUUUAUGGAUGUUUUGCUUGAAAAAUAACAGUUAACGGUUUUCUGCGGUUGCCGCACGCUGUCGUUUCAAUGGACUAUCAUCUAUCUUAUCACUCAGUGAGUAACUUGAACAGAAAUUGACUGCAUGGUUUCUCUGACUUGGGCACAAGUGUGCAUCACGAAUAUGAGUGUGUUGUUGACGUUAUGCCAUGUAGCCUAGCCUUACAUGUUGUGAAACAAUGAACUCCCCCCGUGACCAGGAAUUGGCACCCUUAUCUCGGAAACACCGACUCAUGGCUGCAGCUAUGCCCGGUGAAGACAGCACAUUGCCCGGUAACAUUUCCAGGACUGAUCGGAAUGGAUUGGGGGGACUUGUUCACUGUUUUAUAUGUGGAAGCGGAGUUACACCGGGGAAGGAAUUAAGGUUACAAGUGGCAUAUCAAAAAGAGAGGAUCCCCUUUUUCCCGUUUCUCCAAAAUCAGGAGCCAGCCCCGGGUGCGUGUGAAGUGAGCCCAGAUGGUCAUGUACUGGUGUGCGCUGUAUGUCACUGCUUUCUAACGGAGCAGUGGAACUCUUUCGAGCGGAGCAGGACACCCAUUGAGAAGCGCAUGUACUGGCUGAAACGUCCGUACCAGUGCGACUCUCGUCGGGUCCCACAGGAGUGGAACAUCUCCUAUGAUUUGGAGAGGAGGAUCAGUGUCAGUAGCCAAAACUACGACGGGGGCGCAGAGUCUGAUUUCUCUUCUUUUUCAGAAAACGAGAACAUUUCAGAUCAGGAGAUGGAUUUUGCCUACAGAGUCGGUGUGGGCAAAGACAAGUUUGUGAGAGCAUCUGGAAAAUCGCCCAGAGACAGCAGCAGGAAGAACAAUGGUAUCGGUAUUAAAAACAGCCCAGAUACACAGCGGGCAGUGCGUUACCCGGUGGGUGUUUAUAGGGCGCAGGGAUCGCCAAAAGCGGAGAGUGCUCUGACUGCGAGGCGCAGUGCUAAAAUUAUGAACAAUAUCUGUCAAUCACCAGAAUCUUUGGCAAAGUCCCAGGAGAGAUUCCCCCGGCGAUGCUAUGACAGCUCGCUCUCUGACACACCUGUGCAAGACAACGGGGUCAUUAUGCGCAACAGGCGGUGGCUGGAGGAGGAGAAUGUCAGACAUGUGGAGUCGCAUCAGAUCCAGCGUGUAGCCGACAGCAGCUGUGUUCCUUCCAAGCAUCCAUCGCUGCUGUACCAGGGAAAAGGCGAGGAGAACUCCAGCACUUCUGCGUCUUCUGCUGGCACCGCUGCUGUCAUCUCUAAACGUAACACGGCUCCUCCCAGGGAGAAUAACUCUGACAACUCUGAAGAUGAGAUUAACAUUACAAGCGAUGACGACAGGGAAUCGUAUGACCGCAAAACAGACCGCACAACACAACGUAGACCUGUUGCAGAUCAGCCACACCACACUGCAAACUCCAGUCCAGAAGAGUGUGUGUGCUACAUCUGUGGCGCUGGGCUCAGACAUGAUGGACGUUUUAAAGUCAGUGUUCAGAAACAAGAGAGGGCACAGGGUGAGCCCUUCUUUCCCUUCUUGUGGCUUCACUCCCCACCCCAUAAUGCAAUACCUAUUAGUCCAGCAGGUAUAACCUUUGUCUGUGGCAGCUGUCACACCUCUCUCUUGCAGCAGUGGCAGAGCUUUCAGCUGGCUGAUGUGCCUGUCCUUCAGCGUUUGUAUGUAGUCCCCCUCAACCAGACCACAACUGGACUUCAUUCUUCCCAGUUUCAUCAGCAGGAGGGAAAAUCCUCAGGGUCCAUGGAAUGCAUACCUGAACCUAAGGCUUCCCACGAGGCCUGCUUCCUUUGUGGACAGGAGUGUGGAGGAGACAUGAGAGUAGCAUAUGCACAGGCAGGGGUUGGCAAAUCCCGUGGUGUGAUGUACUUUCCUUUCAUUAAUAUGUUGCCUUGCCCCCCUAAUGCACAGGGAGUGAGGAACGGCCGUGUGCACUGCUGUCCUCAGUGCCAUUUUAUCCUGGAGGAGAUCUGGAGUGCGUAUCGACUUAGCCUCAGUGAAGACCUCAUCACCUCUGUCAGCUCAUUCCUUGUCAGGUACCAUGCUGCCAUGUCUAUCGAUGUCUCUGGAUCAGCCCACCCUCAAACAGGGGUGGCUUCACAUCCCAGCACCUCCAUGUCAGUGUGCUACCUGUGUGGAGCUGAGCUGUGUGCAGGAGGAGAGUACCAGCUACAUGUUAACCCGCCUGGUCGCUGUGGUGAGAGGGAGCCUUUCUUUCCAUUUCUCACCGUCCAUCCUCCUGCACCCCAUGCCAAGCCAGUUGAUGCCACAGGUCUGGUGUCAGCCUGUAAGCUUUGCUACCAUGACCUGCAUGCUCAGUGGGCCCAGCACGAGAGCAAAGGUCUAGGUCAGCCCACCCCUUCUACCUCUAGCUCAUCCAGUGCCAACCCCCAACCACCCAGUUCACCCUGGGCACGCCAGUACAGCUGUGAGGUUUUUGUGUGCUUCUUCUGCAGGCAGGAGCAGCGCAGGCAAGGUAGGCUGUGCGCUGUUACUGUGGCCAGACUACCUGUGUUCUUAUAUGCACCUCGCAGCACACGCAUGCUCCUUGUGGAUGAUGGCAGGAGGUUGGUGAUUGGCUCAUGUAAGGAAUGUAAGGCAAUGGUGCAGGUGGGACAGAACAUGCAGCAGGACAGGGCUAGGCUGGAGCCCGGAGCCUCAGAUGGGGAGAGGAAAGAACAAGAAUCAACGCCGCCACAGUCUAGACAUAAGGGUAGUACUGUGAUUGAGGCUGCAGCAGGAGCCAGUAAGGAAGUGGACGCAGGGUCGGGGCCCUCACAAACUACAGGUGACUACACUCCUCCUCGGCCACUGACCUUGGAGGCAGAAAGAGCAGACCGUCAGCUUUCCAGCAUGAGCCAUGAGCCAAAGUCACCAUCAUUAGGAAUGAUCUCCACGGCGACCCGUACCACGGCGACGGUCAGCCCUCUUACCCCGUCACCUCUCAAUGGCUCUAUCGUAGCCAAUGGAAGCCCAGCUGCCCAGUCAACUCAUUCGGGAUUUGCUGCAGCCCUCCGUAAACUGGCAAAACAGGCAGAAGAACCGCGAGCUGCAUCCUCCAUCAGCAGUGAGUCACCACCAGUGUCUUCACCAGCCACCAAUCACAGCUCUCCAGUCAGUACACCCAAGAGGGGUCCUCUUGGUCCUGGUCCUGUCCUGGUACCCCCAGCAGGCCACACUGUGCCAAACACUCCACCUGUAGUCACCAUUGCUCCAACAAAGACCAGCAACGGCCUAUGGAGAAGCGAGGGGCGCCAGGCUGACGCAGGGCCUCAUGGGGCCAGCAGGGAACGUCUGGGCGCAGAAGGAGCCCUAUCCCAGGAAAAGGGUGGCCCCUCAGUCCCUGCACACCUCCUGGGAAACCCCUAUGCCUUUGGUCUCACUCCAGGAGCUGUCAUGCAGGAGUCACGGUUUCAACCUCUUAACCUGCCCAGACAGUUGCCUAACGCAGUGCCACCUGGUCCUGUACCAGAGGAGUAUCUCCGGGGUUUUCGGCCUUAUGCUACAGCCGAGGAUGCCCUCCGGAUGCCCUCUUUGCCCUUGGGCCUAGACCCUGCCACUGCAGCUGCCUACUACUCCCACAGCUACCUGCCCCACCCUUCAACCUUCGCUUCAUACAGGAUGGAUGACCCGUUCUGCCUCUCUGCUUUGAGGUCACCUUUCUACCCACUGCCAACAGGGGGAGCUUUACCUCCUAUCCACCCCUCUGCUGUUCACAUGCAUCUACCAGGCAUCCGCUACCCUGGAGAUUUCACGCACCCCUCAUUGUCGGCAUUGCAGUCUGACAGGCUUCAGCUAGAGGAUGAGCUGCGGCAACGAGAGAGGGAACGCGAACGAGAACGCGAGCGUGAAAAAGAGAGGGAACGAGAGGCUGAGAGAGAGAAGGAACGGGAGAGAGAACGAGAAAGGGAGAGGGAACGGGAAGAGGCGGAGAGGGAGAGGCAACGAGAAAGGGAAAGGGAGAGGGAGCGCGAGAGAGAACGGGAGAAGGAGAGAGAAAGAGAGAAGGAACUCGAGAGGCAGAAGGAGAGGGCACUGAGGGAAAAAGAGCUGCAGGCAUCCAAGGCCAUGGAGAACCACUAUCUGGCUGAGCUCCAUGCCAUGAGAGGACAGGAGGACCGAACCAAGCCUGAAAGACUAACCCCUAAUCGGGCUGACAAAACCAAAGAGCCCGCUCUUCCAGCUCCCAAACCAGUCCCACCAGGAAUCCAUCCGUCUAUAGUCCAAUCACAUCAUGGUCUAAUCUCAGGCCACAGCAUCUACAUGGGGCCUGGCACUGCAGGAACAGGGCUUGCAGCCUCAAUGAUUGCUCAGAGGAAAGACGAGGAGGAGAGGUGGAUGGCGCGGCAACGCAAGCUGCGUCAGGAGAAAGAAGAUCGUCAGUGCCAGGUGUCUGAAUUCCGCCAGCAGGUUCUGGAGCAGCACCUGGACUUGGGUCGGCCAGGUGACACUCCAGAUCACAGGACGGAGUCGCACAGACCAAUACCUAAUCAUCAUGAACCAGGAAACAGGGAACUCAACCCUCUCUUAGGUGCCCCUCCACCUCUCAUCUCCCCCAAACCUCCACAGCCACCGCGUGAACAUCACCCUCCGCCUCCUACCACCCUGUGGAACCCUGCAUCUCUUAUAGACACAGCCUCAGAGUCGAGACGUAACCAUGAGCCCUCAGGGAUGGGACACUAUGAGCUCAGUCGGCUGCCCCCAGGACCCUCCAGAUAUGAAGACGGAGCCCGAAGAAGAGACGGUGGUGCAAUGGAGAAAUAUCCUCCUUUGAGAGGUCCCCCAGGUCUGCCUGAGCCCAGCACAUACCUUGCUGAUUUAGAGAAAUCCGCCCAUUCAUUUUUGAGCCAGCAGAGGGCUUCCAUGUCUCUCUCCAGCCAAUAUGAACUGGAGGGAAGCCUGAAAACCAAUGCUGGAAUAAAGAGCCUCCAGGGUCACCCAGGGUAUAGUAGACAUGGACAAGUAGUGGUUUCUGGGCCAGCAAUGGGACUGGGACAGGUAGCCUCAUUGGGCAUGGUCCCAGACGCAAAGCUGAUCUAUGACGAGUUUCUUCAGCAGCAUCGGAGGCCUGUCAGCAAGCUGGACCUGGAGGAGAAGAGGAGAAAGGAGGCCAGGGAGAAAGGGUACUAUUAUGAGCUGGAUGACUCAUACGAUGAGAGUGAUGAAGAAGAGGUGAGAGCCCACCUCAGGAGAGUAGCAGAGCAGCCUCCACUGAAACUGGAUGACUCUACAGAGAAACUGGACUUUCUGGGAGUGUUUGGCCUGACCACAAUGGGCCGACGGGAUGAGCUGGUGCAGCAGAAGAGAAGGAAGAGAAGGAGGAUGCUCAGAGAGCACAGUCCCUCCCCACCUGCCUCACAAUCAAAACGCACUCCUCCACCUCAGCUCAGCACACGUUUUACCCCUGAGGAGAUGGACCGAGCGCCAGAGUUGGAGGAUAAGAAGCGAUUCCUCACCAUGUUUAGACUGUCCCAUGUGACCGUACAGCAGAGAAAAGGUAAG